UCGGUAUGCAUCGCGUUGGUUCGUACUGUGGCCCCGGGGUGUUUACCUUUAUGAAAUUACAAGCAACUAGUCGAAAUUGCUGCGGGAACCGUUUAAUAUAGUUCCCUUAGUCAUGGCUUCGAGGGUCCCGCGGGUCGAGCGAGUCCCCCGCGGCUAGCUGAGCCUUCGGUCGGCCUCGUGACCCGCGCAGGUCACCGUCCGGGCCCCGGCGGCUGUCACCUAGGUCUCCAGAGCCUCGGUGGCCGUCUGGGGGCAUCCCGAGGCCCGACGGCCCUCUCCUGGGCUCCAGACGUCGCUCGCCGCCGCCGCCGCCGCCAUGGUGUCUCCGGCCACGUCGCUGCCCGACUCGCCCCCCACCUCCUUCAUGUCGGAGGAUGGAGACAACAGUGACCGGAACGAGAACGGUCCGCCGCCGUCGCCGGCGACGGCCAUGGUGGCGCUCGACGCGCAGCCCGUCACCUACUGCGAGCCCACGUUCUGGUGCUCGGUCAGCUACUACGAGCUGUCGAGCCGCGUGGGCGAGACGUUCCACGCCUCACAGCCCAGCCUGACCGUCGACGGCUUCACCGACCCGAGCAGCUCGGACCGCUUUUGCCUCGGUCUGCUGAGCAACAUCAACCGAAACCCGGUGGUGGAGCAGACGCGGCGCAACAUCGGCCACGGCGUCCGGUUCUACUACAUUGGCGGCGAGGUGUUCGCAGAGUGUCUGAGUGAGUCGGCGAUAUUCGUCCAGUCGCCCAACUGCAACCACAGAUUUGGCUGGCACCCGGCUACCGUGUGCAAGAUUCCCUCCAAGUGUAACCUGAAGAUCUUCAACAACCUGGAGUUCGCGGCGAUGCUGGCCCAGUCGGUGAACCAGGGCUUCGAGGCGGUGUACAGCCUGACGCGCAUGUGCACCAUCCGCAUCAGCUUCGUCAAGGGCUGGGGCGCCGAGUACCGCCGGCAGAUCGUCACGUCGACGCCCUGCUGGAUCGAGCUGCACCUGAACGGGCCGUUGCAGUGGCUGGACCGCGUGCUCACGCAGAUGGGCUCGCCGCACAUGCCCUGCUCGUCCGUGUCGUAGUCGGCGCUGCGCCGCCCCGUCUUCCCACCGCGCCGGCUCUGCCACGCUCGCGCCGGGUCCGCG